AUGUCUAGAACAUUCCUUCUAAGAAUAGCCACUGAAGAGUCUAUAAAGACGAAAGGGCUGGUUGUUGGGAUCCCCCAACAGCCCUCUGGCUACUUUCCAUUUAACUCCCAGUUUAAACUAGUCGCUCGCACCUCGCUUCGCUCGGUGCUCGCUCCCCCCCUAAACCCUAAACCCUAUUUGAUGCGCGGUUAUCCCGAAAACCUAGUCAUGUCUUGGUUUAAGAAGAAUAUACAAGAACGUUGGGAAAAGCGAUUCGCUUUACGAGUCGCAGAGCACGACGAAUCCAUUCUUGUACUUAAAACCAGAUUUGAUCAGGUAUGGAAUUGGUUUUCAGCUGCUGAACUUGGAAAGACUGGUACCGAGUACUGGUCGGCAUGGUAUGAACAUGCCGAGAAAGGUCUGUAUAGUGCAGACUCGUCCAGACCCCUUAUCAAACCAGAUCCAAAUUACGUUCACGACCUCGAUGAUGUUCGCCCGGAGCUGUUCACACAGAUCCUCGUGGACGGAGAAACUGAGUUCGUACCGGAUUUGAGGAAGAUAGGACUACUCGGAAGUCGUUGGAUAGUAUCGCGAAAGCGCAAUACUAAUCUUUUCGACCUUGCAAAUGUGUGGAAGAAAACAGUCUUUCGUAAACUGGAUGAAAACAUCGCUGAAAAAGGUGGUGUUGUUCCCGAAACUCAAAACGUUAAUGAAACUUAUCAUUCUGCUCUAGUUGAAGCUGCUGAACAGAUAAGUAUCGAAAGUGAUAACGAGAUAAUACUUCAUAGACGUUCAAUCUCACAAGAGAGGGAACAUCCAGAAUUCGGCAGAAUAUCCAAAUCUUACAACCGAUGA